AUGCGUUCCAGUCGUCGCACCUGGAGAAUUCGCGGCGUUCCACGGGAGUUUGACAAAGACAGCCUGGCCCGUGCUCUUCGAUAUCACUCAAAUCUACAAUGGGCUGGCGAAUACAAAGCAGAAAAUGUCGACACCGGCGGUAACGACGUCAGAGUUCACACUCUCGCACCGGAUCUCCGAGGCGACGAGCAGGUAGCCACCGUACGCUUCGACAACCUCCCAUCGCAGCUGUCUGACCUAGGGGCUAGGGGUCAGUUGUCGAUCAGUAUUGACAUAGAUGCGGAAAAUCGGCCAGUGGGACACCAAUGCGAGCGUGCGACCAUUCGAAGCGUCGAAGUCUCCAUCGAUGAGCACUUUGAUGGGAUAACAACACUUAUCUCGCCCGUCACUGAUGAGAACCAUCAAAUCGAUAUUCUUGCUGUUUCAGGCCUAGGCAGUCAUCCCUUUGGAUCGUUCGUGCACAAGGAGGACGGAAAUAUGUGGUUGACGAACAAUCUCCCACGAGAUAUUCCUACCGCCCGAGUAAUGAUCUUCGGCUAUGAAAGCAGGUUACAGGAUAGCACCAGCCUUGUUCAACUCGAGGAUCUAGCCAGCCCGCUUCAAGAUGCUGUGAGUCGACUGUUACGUUCCGACAGGGGCAAGCCCCUUCUUCUCAUCGGUCACAGUCUCGGCGGGCUGCUGGCCAAACAGGUAUUGAUUCGAGUUGCUGAGUCCCGGUCCGACUUCGCAUCGGAACUCCCUAGCCUCCGCGACAUGAUCCUCGGAUUGCUUCUCUUCGGUACGCCUAACGAUGGCUUGGAUGUCGAAUCGCUUGUACCAAUGGUGAACGACCAGCCGAACCGGUCUCUCCUUGAGUCACUCAAACCCAAUUCUCCAGUCUUGAAGAGGCAGAGACAGGAAUUCUCGAUGGUCCUGGAACGCACGAAGUUCCAGUUGAUUUGCUUUUAUGAGACAGAAUUGUCACCAACAGCUGCUAAGGAUCCAACAACCGGACAAUACAAGAUGAGCGGUCCGCGCCGAUGCCUCGUCAGCGAACCUUCUGCAACCCGCUGUCUGCCUGAUGGUGUUUCUUCGACCCAUUCCAUAGCAAUUCGUCGGACACAUUCAGAUCUAGUCAAGUUCUCGACCUACGACGCCGAGUACGACAGAAUUGCCUACGUCCUUGAACGGAUACAGAGAAGGGAAUACCAAUAUUCUCAGGUCAGAUGGAAUUCGCAAUACAAGAACCCAUCCCACGAAUUGGAAGAAAUACUGGUCGAUAAGCCAGCCAAGAGAUCCGCGGAGGAGACGCUCCCGUCGCCGAUUGGAAAGCGGCCUCGAAUAGCCAGCAAUCUAUCAAAAAACAACAAUCUGCAAGCUGGCAGCAACCACGCCCCACGCGAUCCAUUCCUACACGAUGAGAUGAAACACCUUAAAGAGGCACUCGUACAACAGCUAUAUUUUUCCAAGAUCGACGAGCGCCUAACACACCUAACACCUGCCCAAGGAACGACAUGCCGCUGGUUCCUCAACGAGCCCAAGUACAAGUCUUGGCAAGAUAUGGAUCAGCAGUCAGAUCACGGCGGUUUCCUUUGGAUCAAAGGCAAUCCAGGCACCGGAAAGUCGACUUUAAUGAAACACCUUUUCGAAGCAGCCAAACUCAACGCGAAGGGUGACACCUUGCGACUUACGUUGUCAUUUUUCUUCCUCGCGAGAGGCGCGGUUGAGGAGAAGACAACGACUGGUCUUUACCGCUCUCUUCUUCAUCAGCUCUUUGAGAUGGCCCCGGAUCUUCAAGAUAGUCUGGAGUGGUUGACAGCUGAUGGUGCCAGAACGGUCCAAGGGAAUGGGUGGUCUGAGGAGGCGUUGCAGCAGACGUUGAAGCAUGCUGUUCCAAAGCUGCGGAAUCGGUCGUUGACUAUUUUCGUGGAUGCACUCGAUGAAUGCGAUGAAAACAAGGCUGGUGAGAUGGUGUCCUUCUUCGAAGACCUAUGUGAUUGCGCGGCAGAAGCAAGGGCUCGGUUGCAGGUCUGUUUCUCUAGUCGGUAUUAUCCGACUGUUGUCGUCGAGAAGGGCAUUGAAGUCAAUUUAGAAGACGAAAUGGGGCAUACGGAGGACAUCAAGAAAUAUGUCAAAUCGAGACUGAAGCUGAAGUCGAAGCACGCCGAGGCACUCAGAUCUGAAAUUCUUGAGAAAUCUUCUGGGAUAUUCCUCUGGGUCGUCUUGGUUCUUGAUAUACUCAACAACGAUACCUCCGUUUCCAUUUUGAAGAAACGCGAACGUCUCAAGGAAAUCCCGACGAGACUGAACGACCUAUUUCGGAUGAUGAUUACAAGGGACGGCGAAAACCUCGAACAACUACAUCUUUGUCUCCAAUGGGUUCUCUUCGCGUCCCGUGCUCUGAAGCCCCAGGAGCUCUAUUUCGCCAUCCAAUUUGGUUCCGACAAGGAAUGCUCGGGCUUUUGGGACCAAGCAGAUUUGGACUUGGACGACAUGAAGACUUUUGUGAGGAGUUCUUCUAAGGGCCUGGCUGAAGUUACGAGGAACAAGGCCUCCGAGGUCCAAUUCAUUCACGAGUCUGUCCGAGAUUUCUUGUUGGGUAAAUAUGGGGGCCAGUGGUCAGGGGCUUCCGAAAAUUUCAGGAGUUGCGCGCACCAAGUCUUGAGGGACUGCUGCCUUGUUCAGGUGAACGCUUCAAUCAGCCUGUACGCCGAAAUUCCAGAUUCUCUACCACAGGAUCCCAAGGUAGCGCGACAACUACGGGAGGACAUUAGCUUGAAGUUUCCAUUUCUCGAAUACUCUGUUCAUAAUGUCCUUCAUCAUUCCAACCUUUCUCAACGGAAUAGGUUAGAGCAGGGGCAGUUUCUUGCCGAUUUUCCUCUGCAACAAUGGAUUCUCCUCAACAAUGCUCUCGAGCAGUACAACAUUCGGAGAUAUACGAAGUCAGUCAGUCUGCUUUAUAUAUUUGCGGAGAGAAACCUGGCCGACCUCAUUCAGAACCAUUCUGGGAGAAAGUCCUGUUUCCAUGUUGAGGAUGAACGUUACGGUGCACCAGCUCUUGCAGCACUGGCUAACCGCAGUCACGAAGCAGUCCGAGCGUUUUUAAGGGCUCAGGCGGAAGGAGAGUCACCGAUGUCUCCGCUUCAUGGCUUCUGUAAACGGUAUGAGCAGGAUGAGAACAGGCCGACCGCAUUCAGCCGCGAGUUCACUUUCAAACGAUCAAAAAGUGUUCUGCAUAAUCUUUUAAGGCACGACACGGAAACGAUGGCCCUUGUCUUUCUUUUGAGCUCGCAAGGCCCCGCUGAGUCUGUGGACUGCAGGGACGGAGAGCACCAAACGCCGCUGUGCCUUGCUGCUGCAAAGGGACACAAAGCCGUCGUUGAGUUGCUGCUCAAAAAAGGUGCUGAUAUUGAGUGGAAGGAUAACCGAUCUCGGUCACCGUUAUCAAAUGCUGCCAGGAACGGUCACGAGGUCCUGACCAGACUUCUGCUCAAAAAUGGUGCUGAUAUUGAGUCGGAGGAUGACCAUUCUCGGACACCGGUAUCGCAUGCUGCUGAGAACGGUCACGAGGUUCUUACCAGACUGCUGUUCGAAAAAGGUGUUGAUAUUGGAUCGAAUGCCAAUCAACGUGGGUCGCCAUUAUCAUACGCUGCCGGAAAAGGACGCGAAGCGGUCGUCAAACUUUUGUUGGAAAAAGGUGUUGACAUUGAAUCGGAGGAUUACUUCAGCGGGACACCAUUAUUAAGUGCUGUUGAAAGUGGGCACGAAGCCAUCGUCAGACUAUUGUUGGAAAAAGGUGCUAAUGUGGAAACAAGAGAUAUUACGGGUCGGACGCCGUUAACAUAUGCUGUUGCGUACGAGCGGGAGAAUCUUGUCAAACUGUUGCUCGAAAAUGGUGCUGACACAGUGUUGAGGUAUCGGCGUACUUGGGAGCCGGGCGAGUUUAAAGCUCUAAGACCCUCGAUGAAAACUCGCAGAAAGAUCUUUAGGCUCCUUGCCGAGAAAGGUGCUGGUAUCGAGGAUGGAGAUAACAACGGCCGGAUGGUAUCGUUGCGCGAGGUUCGCAACAAGAGCGACGACCAUGUUGAGUUGUUGCUCGAAUAUGAUGCUGAUAUUGAGUCGAUGGAUGUGAACGGCCAACCAUAG